AUGUCUAAAUUAGACAAGUUAGACAAGCUGGAUAAAAAAGACCUCAAGAAGGCAUUCGACCUCUCCCACUUCGACUUAAAUGCCGUCAUACGUGGCAUACAAUUGACACUCGUUGGUGCUCACCGAGCUCUACAAAACCCCGCUAUAUUCACGAACGAUCACUAUAGGCAAGCCGCCAUAGCUGUCGGUGCCGGCAUCGCGAUCCGUUUGGCCAUUGCCGUUCCGAUCAUCGGGAUCAAAGUUCUUCUGGGCGUCCUCUCUCUAAUAUUCGAUCUUGACAAAGCCACGUGGGACGAUACUCUGGUAAAUGGCCUUGACUUGAUCGCCAACCAUGUCCUUCAAGUUCCUUUGUUUCUCAUGACUCUCAUGAGAUAUAUGACACCAACACUAGACAAUAUGUUCAUGGACUCGUUACGAUGGGUAGAUAUGACCUAUGUCCAUAAGCAUAAGCACGAGAAUCCCGAUACACUCCGCGAUAUGUACUAUCCGAACCUUAGUAAACUCAAGCAUCUGGAUGGGAGCACGCAGUCGGGAAGCACUGCCGAGGCCGUUACUAUGUUCCUGUGGAAGUUUGCUCGAAAGGCGCUCGUUUCUCUGGCCGUAUUUGCUCUGUCGUACGUCCCAUACAUCGGCCGGUUGGUACUUCCCGCGGCCAGUUUCUAUACCUUCAACAAGGCGGUUGGCCUAGGGCCAGCGGCGGUCAUCUUUGGUACGGGAAUUUUUCUCCCGAAGCGCUACCUCGUCAUUUUCCUUCAGACCUAUUUCUCUUCGCGGAGCCUGAUGCGUGAACUACUCGAACCUUACUUUGCCCGUAUCUACUUCACCAAGGAGCAGAAGCGAAAUUGGUUCAGGAGCCGUGAAGGGCUCCUUUUCGGGUUCGGUAUUGGAUUUUACACGCUUCUCCGGGUCCCGCUACUCGGCGUGUUGAUAUAUGGCAUUGCCGAAGCAUCGACCGCGUACCUUAUCACUAAGAUCACGGACCCCCCGCCGUCGCCGAACGCGCCCCGUUCCGAAAUACAGGAAUUUGCAGCAAGCCAACAAGUCUGGAAGAACAAGCAUGAGUUCCUCAACCUUCCAUUAGCGAACUUGGAUGCCAUCCAUGGAGAUGAGCCGCCAUCAUACGAUGAGUCGAAACUCACUAUGGGUAAAACCGCAAUUCGUACUGCCGGCAAGGUAAGCCUCGAUAAGCCAGCAACAGCGCAUAAAAACAUUCACAACAGAUGGCACCCUGAUAUUCCAUCUGCGGGCACUAUCAAGGAUGGUGAGACGGUUAAGAUUGAAUGUCUUGACUGGACAGGAGGCCAGAUUGGAAAUAACGACAGCGCCGACGAUAUCCGCAAUGUUGACUUAACUAAGGUCCAUUGCCUUACAGGCCCUUUUGAGAUCGAAGGCGCCCAGCCGGGCGAUAUCCUCCUGGUUGAAAUCAUGGAUGUCCAGCCAUUUGAAGACCAGCCCUGGGGCUUCACCGGCGUCUUCCACAAAGACAACGGCGGCGGGUUUCUAGACGAGAUCUACCCAUCGGCCGCAAAGGCUAUAUGGGACUUCGAAGGCAUCUUUGCUACGUCGCGCCACAUCCCGCACGUCAAGUUCGCAGGAAUAAUCCACCCGGGUAUUCUGGGCUGUGCGCCGUCGGCUGAGGUCUUAGCGACUUGGAAUAAGCGCGAGGCAGAGCUUAUCUCGGCUAAUAGGCUCGAGAGACAGGUCGCCCUACCGCCGGAGUCGAAGGGCCUGCAUGCGGGCGCGGCGGAUGCGGCUCUCACGGAGAAGGUCGGUAGGGAAGGUGCUAGGACGAUCCCGGGCCGGCCGGAACAUGGCGGGAAUUGCGAUAUUAAGAAUCUAAGCAGGGGCUCGAAGGUCUAUCUCCCGGUUCACGUUCCCGGCGCGAAGUUUAGCGUUGGAGAUCUACAUUUCUCGCAGGGCGACGGCGAGAUCUCAUUCUGCGGGGCGAUAGAGAUGGCCGGUGUCAUCACAAUCAACUUCAAAGUCAUCAAGAACGGGGUAGCAGAUCUAGGCCUGAAGUCACCCAUCUACCUACCCGGACCGGUAGAGCCGCAGUUCGGACCCGGUCGCCAUAUUUACUUUGAGGGCUUCUCGGUGGAUGAACAUGGCAAGCAACAUUACAUGGACGUCGCAGUUGCUUAUAGACAGACAACCUUGCGAUGUAUCGAAUAUCUCCGCCGUUUUGGAUAUAGCGACUACCAGAUCUACCUACUACUAUCGUCGGCACCCAUUCAGGGACACGUGGCGGGCAUCGUUGAUAUACCGAAUGCGUGUACAACCCUGGGGUUACCUGUUGACAUCUUCGACUUCGAUAUUAUGCCUUCAGGACCGGCUAAGGCAUUGGAUAUGGGUAGCUGUGCUUUUGAAAGCGGAGCGAGUAAGGGUGAGGUUACGGCUGGAGGUAAGAAUAGCGAGCAUAGCUUUGGUGGAGGCUUAACGUAUAAGGGAUAA